AUGACAGAUGCAACUUUUACAAAAGCUAUUGAAGAACUAAAGGUACUCUUUAAAACUUCCAUGUCUGAACUUACUACCAAAUUUGAAACCCAUGAAACAAACGUCAAGACUCUUACUGGUAGUUUGGAAAAGAAUCUUGAAACUAUAGAAAAUAGGUUAGUUUUGCAAGGAGAUUAUGUAAAAAAAUUAUUGAAACACACUGGUUUAGAAAAGGAAGACAUACCUGAUUUAGUCGAUGAUACAAAUGGAGAAACGAAAACAAAGGAUAAAGAAGUUGAUGCAACAACAAAAGUUAAACCUUCCUUUGUUCAAAAUACGUCUAUUCCUGGGAAUGUUUCACAUGUCAUUCAACACACAGAACCAUUAGAAGAAUAUAAAUUAAAGGCUGACAUACCUAAAUUUAAUGGUGGGUUACAUAUUAAGGAUUUGCUGGAUUGGUUAUAUGAAGUAGAAUCAUUUUUCACUUUUAUGGAAGUCCGUGAUUCUUCUAAGGUGAAACUAGUAGCAUAUAAACUUAAAGCUGGAGCUGUAGCUUGGUGGGAAACUCUCUGUGAUGAUCGACGUCAUUAUUCCUCUGACUGUCGUCGAUAUAAUGGUUUCAUUGGAGAUAAUCAAGUACAUACUGAAUUAAAGGAUGUUGAAGUUUUUGAUGAUGAAGAAGGUGAAGAAGAUGAAAACAUUGAAUUACAUGAGACUUAUGGUGAACACUUUGUUGGAAUGAUUCGACCACUCAUGCUUACUGAACCAUGUUAUUCUCAAAGACAUAAUAUUUUCAAAACCAAGUGCUUUAUUGGUGGCAAAGUCUGUGAUAUGAUCAUUGACAGUGGCAGUGUCGACAAUUACAUUGCAUUUGUUGUUGUAGAGAAAAUGGGAUUACCAACUACACCACAUCCUACUCCUUAUUCUGUAGGUUGGGUGAAUAGUUCCUCUACACAGAGAAUUACUCAUCGGUGUGUUAUUAAGUUUUCUUUUGUUGGGUAUGAAGAAUCUGUGCUAUGUGAUGUUAUCGAUAUGACUGCAACACAUCUCCUACUUGGAAGACCAUGGCAGUAUGACGUUAGAGAAGUUCAUAAAUGUUUUGAGAAUACUUAUACCUUUUACAAAUAUGGUAAAACAGUGACUUUAUUUCCUUCCAAGUCUUCUUCAGUGAUUCAAGAACGUAGUGAUUGCAAGACUACUGCAUUGGUGGCUACUAUCUCUCGCUCCUUAAACUCAUCUCACACUUUGAGUUCUCAUGAAGACACCAAAACUAUGGUAACAAUUCCUACUCAGGUACAACCUUUAUUAUCUAAAUUUAAUGCAUUAUUUCCUGAUGAAUUACCUGUGAGUUUACCACCUUUUCGAGACGUUCAACAUUGCAUUGAUCUUAUACCUGGAGCUUAUUUACCUAAUCAAGAUCAUUAUCUGUUGAGUCCAACUGAACAUGAAAUAUUACAGGGUCAAGUGAAUGAUUUAUUGACUAAGGGGUUAAUUAGACCUAUUAAUAGCCCUUGUGCUUGUCCUGCUUUUCUGGUGCCUAAAAAGGAUAAUGGAUGGAGAAUGUGUAUAGAUUGCAGAGCUUUGAACCGUAUCACCAUUCCGUAUAGAUUUCCUAUUCCUCGUAUUGAGGAUAUGAUUGAUCUUUUAGAUGGGUCUAUUAUUUUCACUAAACUUGAUCUUCGGAGUGGAUAUCAUCAAAUUAGAAUAAGAGUGGGAGAUGAAUGGGAAACUGCUUUCAAAACAAGAGAGGGGUUAUAUGAAUGGCUAGUUAUUCCUUUUGGCAUGUCUAAUGCUCCUAACACCUUUAUGAGGCUCAUGAAUCAGGUUUUGCAACCUUUUCUGAAUCCUUCUAAAGUUCAAGAAAUUAUGGAUUGGCCUGUUCCUAUUUAUAUCAAAGAGGUGAGAAGUUUUCAUGGAUUGGCUUCUUUUUAUAGGCGUUUUGUAAGAAAUUUCAGCACCAUUGCUGCACCUCUUACUGAUUGUUUGAAGAAGGAAAAAUUCAUAUGGACUGAAGAAGCUGAUAAAAGUUUCAAUGCUCUUAAAGAAAAACUAUGUUCAGCUCUUAUCCUUGCACUGCCUGACUUUUCCAAGCCUUUUCAAGUUGACUGUGAUGCUUCUAUUGUUGGAAUUGGAGCAGUUUUGUCUCAAGAAGGACAUCCAGUUGCUUACCAUAGUGAAAAUAAUUCUGAUACCCAGAAAAAGUGGUCUACAUAUGAAUUGGAAUUGCUUGCACUUGUACAAGCUCUUAAACAAUGGCAUACUUAUUUGGUUCAUCAAGAAUUUGUCAUUAAUACUGAUAUAUGCUUUGAAAUAUCUCCAAACUUCAUCUAA